AUGUCUACUGAACAAAAAGUUGCAGCUCCAUCUCAAAGUUUAUUAAAUGAUAAAGUAAGUAAUUUUUCAUUCCAUUGUUAGAUCAAUUUAGAGCUCUAUCGAAACGAAACAAAGGAACUGUCAAAUGAGUAGGUUAUGACUACGAUGUGGAAGUAUUCGAAGGCGUCCCAUAUGCUGUAUUUAACGGAGUAUUCAAUUUAACUUUAAUAGCUUCAAUUACUAACUAUUUUUUAGUGGGAUGUUGUUUUAUCAAACACUUUAAUCAAGACCGGUUUAGGUUUCGGUGGUGGUGUCUUGGCCUCGAUUUUGUUAUUCAAGAGAAGAUCUUUCCCAGUCUGGUUAGGUGUUGGUUUUGGUUUAGGUAGAGGUUACUCUGAAGGUGAUGCUAUCUUCAGGUCCAACCACGGCUUAAGAACUGUUAAGGCUUGA